UAUGCUACCGAGAAGAGCCCAGAAGUAUCCCUGAAUGAUCCUACGGAGCAAGAAGCGCAAAAACUACUGGAGAGUGGAACGCUAAAGCUGGAAGUAGGCGACACGGAAGGGGCUAUGUACCAAGAACGUAUGUCUUUCUUUUAUUUACAUACAGGCGAUUUGGUCGGCGCUAUUGAAUCAUGGAAAGCAGCUCUUGCCAUCGCACCCGACAGCCCCGAUGCGCAUACGAACUUGGCCUCUGCCUACAUCAUGUCAAAGCCUCCUCAAGGUGAACUGGCUUUGAGCCAUCUCAAGUACGUCACCGGAACUUAUAGCAGAACGGCUGCCGAACUAAGUCCUGACGACGGCGAGAUUCAGUUCAACUUGGCGACCCGUGCCGACCAAAAUGUUCGCAAUUGCAUGGCCAAGCUAAUGGCCGCGCGUGUUGAUAUCGAGCGUCAAGAACGUGAGCUUCAAGAAAAGCAGAAAUAA